AUGAUUUGCCAUAUUUGCGAGAGCGACAGCUUUGAAGAUGGAGGAGAUGGUUUUUUUUACUGCCUACAAUGCUCUACUCAGGCGGACGGUAUUAUCCAAACAGGCGUCGACGGCGAAGAUUUGGGCGGAGCCGGCGGUGGCGGAACUUAUCGAAAACAAGACACUCGCCCUGAACCAGCACCAAACCCAGAGCCUGUCAAAUUGAGUUACGAGGAUUAUUACAAGGAGACCAGAGAUAGAUACGUCAAAGGUUUACUGAUGAUGAUAACUUAUCAGUGCGAUGCGUUGGUUGAGAAAUUCAAUGUGACGCCAUUGAUUAUUGGUUUGGUCGAUGAUGAUUGGGCUGAUAAGGCGAUUCUUGAAUCCGAGCUCCAAUCAGAGGGAGAAGUAAGAGAGCCAGAGGUUAAGCGUGGUAAAGCCUCCGAAGAACCUCAAAACUUAUAUGGUAAAAGAGCAGUAACGAUAUGGUUAAGUCAGCUUAAAAAGUCUCUGCCUUUAUCGUCUUCUUUGGCUUUAUCUUUCCUUGCUUGUCACAAAGCUGGAACACCCACGGAUAUAGUUAGAUGGGCACGACAAGGAAAGUUUCCGUAUCUUUCUUCUUUUCUCAAGAUUCGAGAGCAAAUGGGAGACAGAUCAGCUGCGUGUCCUGUGUCUGUAAGCGUGAUGUUUAAGCCUAGUCAGAUUGUUUCUGCUCAGAGAUUAGAAGCUCAAGUUGCUUCCAUUGCUGAUAUCAUCGGUUUGCCUUUGCCUCCUGUGAAUUUCUAUGCUAUAGCUUCAAACUAUCUAGAGCGGUUGUCUAUUCCCAAGGAGAAGGUUCUUGAUCUGGUCCGUCUCUUACACAACUGGUCAAUGCCUUCCGAUUUGUAUCUAUCAAAGAACGAGCUCAGGCUUCCCACUCGUGUCUAUGUCAUGUCUAUUAUUAUCGUAGCUAUUCGGAUGCUUUAUAAUAUCAAUGGUUUUGGUGUAUGGGAACAAAGCUUGGGUUUGCUUGAUGCUAGUGAGGAGGAUGUCACCAAAGCAACUGAGGAGCUUUUGAAAAACCUUGAAACGAAAUAUCACGAGGUCGCUGCUGAAACCGUUGGUAAAUUCCUUUAUUCCCUGUGA